AUGAGUUACGGUAGACCACCGCCGCGUAUUGAUGGCAUGGUAUCAUUAAAAGUCGAUAAUUUAACCUAUCGCACAACUCCAGACGAUCUAAGGCGCGUUUUUGAAAGAUGCGGUGAAGUAGGCGAUAUUUAUAUACCAAGGGAUCGGUUCACCAGAGAAAGUAGAGGUUUUGCUUUCGUAAGGUUUUAUGACAAGAGAGAUGCCGAAGACGCGUUGGACGCCAUGGAUGGCAGGAUGUUGGAUGGAAGGGAACUCAGAGUUCAAAUGGCUCGCUACGGAAGGCCUACAUCACCCCAUCGGAGGUACGGUCGUCGUCGAAGUAGGGGCAGUAGAAGGAGUCGCUCCAGAUCGCAUCGUCGGUCUUUCAGCAGAAGCAGAUCUCGCUCAGACAGCAAAAGCUCCAGAGGACGGUCAAGAUCAAUUUCCAAGGAUGAAAAGGAAAGGUCUAAGUCACUCAGCAAAUCUCGUUCAAGAUCUAGGUCUUAG